AUGGUCCCAGCAACGGUAAAGAUCCUUUGUUUACUGGCAAGUGUAGUGGGGGUGCGCGGGAAAUGGGUGGAGGGGAGGGUAGAUACGAAAGAGAACUGGGCAUUUCUCGCGAGAUUCUGUUUCUUAUCACUUGAAGGACAAUUCGAGUAUUUGAUAGAGUUUGAGAGGGACAUGGGCACUCCAAACUUACUGCUAUAUUACGAUGACGAUAGCCAGUGGCCGGCUGUAUACCACAGUACGAAGACUUGCAAGCAACGCGAAGCUGUACUAAACAAAGGUGGACAGAACCAAAUAGUAAAACUAUCUCACUGGUAUCCAGAUACGGAGUUCUCAGGCUGUAUACUAACUCAGGCAAAUAAGGAGUUGCCAGCAGUAAAAAGUACAACAUCAGCAACACCAAAAGCUAAAACAAAUAGUCCAUCAAAAUCGAAGAACUCAACUAAAAUCGACUUACCAGCCGAUCCCUCGUAUUACAAUCAAUUUUUAAAAACUACCACAUCAAAACCUAAAUCUACCAUUGUGGACUCAAAUUCUACCACUUGGUACGAAUUAUUGCCUACUGAAAACAUAAAUUCUACCACAACGGGGUUGCCAGAUGACGAAUUAUGGGAGAAUAUAGAACCAGAGAACAAUACAAAAAGAAUGGAAAAUUUGAAGGACGUGGAAUUAUUGUUUGAUAACUAUAGCAACACCGGUCGUAAAAUAAAACGUUCAACGUUCGAGCUGUAUGAACGAUUCCGUCGACGUCGAUUGCACUCGGAAUCAUAUCAAAAGGAGUCUGGUAACCCGAACACCAACACCGUUAAGUUCAUCGUGUCCUGUCACAACUCCAGACGCUUCCGAUCGGCGAGGGAACGAUGGUGGUUCAUUGGUAUCAGCAAUUGUGACAGCCCAAAGGGAUUGGACGUCCGUUACAAAUUCCUAAUGACCAACGGACCUAGCGGUGAUUUCUGGCACGAACACUUCUCAGCUGAUGAAUUUUACGUUCUUCCAAUCCUUCUCGCGUACACAUUUGCGUACGUGAUAGUAAUGAUCGCAGUAGUGAUGUGCAGCGUUGAAUUACGAUGUCGGCACUUAUUGCACGCCACUUAUAAACUAUUCCUAGCUUCACUGACGGCGCAACACGCAGGGGUUGUACUUCAAGCUCUUGCGUAUAUCCGGUACGCGCAUAAUGGUAUAGGCAGCCCUACUGCUAAGGUCACAGGUCAGUUACUGUGUGGAAUAUCGGAAACUACAUUCCUAUUGCUCUUAAUAUUGAUGGCGAAAGGAUACACUAUAACACGUGGCCGAUUGAAGGUGGCUUUCACUGUGAAGCUGACAAUCUUCAUGUGCUGUUAUGUGCUGACUUAUAUUGUGCUGUUCAUUUACCAGGCGAAGGCAUUCGAUCCAGGAGAGGUUUUGUAUCUGUACGAAAGUCCGGCCGGGUACGGGCUUAUAGUCCUCCGUGUGGCCGCUUGGUGUGCCUUUGCAUAUGCUACGUUUUUCACCGUUAAAAAAUAUCCAGAAAAGAAUAUGUUCUACUGUCCGUUUUUUAUUUGCGGCACAUUAUGGUUCUACGCAGGACCGUUGUUUAUAUUAACAGCAAAUUCCUAUAUAGAUAAAUGGGUACGUGAGAGCGUCGUCACUGCUGUUCUGCUGUUCAUCACUUUCUGUGGACAUGUUAUGUUUUUGCUGUUAACACUGCCAGUAUUCGCGAACAAAAACUUCCCCUACCAUGUUCGGACUACUCAAAUCGGAGUUAUGGAGGUUACUCACAGUUCAGGUUUAGACAGAUUUGGUCCAACCGCCUAUCAUCCCACUGAGGGGGCUGCUCAAACUGUUAUUAUACCGCUAACGAGAAGAACAGAAGAAUUGAUAGGUAACAUGUACAGCCAAUACAUGGCAACUGCACCACCAGUACCUUUGGGAAACGAUACGCCAAAACUAAAUGGCAUAAAGAAAAUAGAAUCAAAUAAGUAUAAUAACGGUCUUGUACCACAAGCGAGUACGGAAACAAACUCCUCCGACGACAUAAACCCUGCAAUCGACAAAGUUUUCACAAUUGAUAGUCAAAUGUCAAAAAUCGAGCAAAAGACGCGGGAUAAUGAAGUGUCAAUGUCAAUGUCAAACCAAUCAGUGUUGCCAGAUAAUGAUAAUCUACCAAAAUCGGGAGAAAAUGAUAAAGUCGAUCUGCCAUUAGUCUUAAGGUCUAAGAGAAAUAUUUUGGAGCCUAUAAAAAGGGAUGUUCCGGUAUGGUCGUUGGCUAAAGGGCCGAGUGUUGUUGCUAUGCACUUGAAAGCGUCGACGAGUUUGACAGAAGAUACUCCAGCGAGCCCACCAGUUCAAUCAAACGGUAAACGACCAUCUCUACGCAGCCUCCAGUCAAUUUCAGGAGACAUUAGCACGAUACACGAAGACAGAGAGAAAAGCUACGUCCGAACACCCACCGACAUCUUCACUGUGCCUACUAGGGGAUAA